GAACAGUACGGUAAGCUUCUCACGGCAACGAAGCUUCUCACACUGCGAGACAGCCCUCACAAUUCCUUACAUCGGCGUUCGGAUUUGCGAUUUACGGACCCAUCGACGGCUUACAAAAUUCCGCACUCUGCCGUUGCAAAUCGUCCAGUGAAGUGGAGCAAGACUGAAACAAAACAAACCAGAUCAGACUCAAAUCAUGCGAUACAGCACGUCCAGCGGAACAACGAUUGCAAUGAAUAUCCGUAAGUUUUUGAAUGCUGCUAGCGAAGAUCAAACGACCAUCGGCAAGCAAGUGCAGCAGACGCACCCCGCUCCUCUCAACGGUGGAUAGUCUCGUUCCUUUCUCUUACCAUAUUUCUCCUCCUUCCCUGGUUCUUCUGUUUCCCCAGUCCGUCUGCUCGCAUGGCUGGUGAUGGCUUCCAACCCGGUGGCCAAGGCCGAGCCCACCCGCAUCGCCCUCCACAAGCGAUCCAACGACGAGCUGGUCUCCGCCCACCUGGCCCGCGAGCGGGAGGCCCGGCGCAGGGGCGGAAACGGCCGCCUCCGGGGCCUUUCCGGGCAGGCCGGGGCGAGCGUCGCCAUCAAGGACUACGAGAACGCCCAGUACUUUGGCGUCGUCGAGCUGGGCAGCCCGCCGCAGUCCUUCCGGGUCAUCUACGACACGGGCUCCUCCGACCUGUGGGUCCCGGGGGUCGGGUGCACCCACUGCGGGAUCCCCUUUGGGCCCGCCAAGAGCAAGUACGACGCCUCCGCCAGCGCCACCUACGAGGACGGGGGUGGCGAGGCCUUUGCCAUUUUGUACGGGAGCGGGAGCGUCCGAGGGGCCUACGCCCGGGACAAAGUGUCCAUGGGGGAGGCCGGAUCGGUGGUGGUGGUGGUGGAGAACCAGGACUUUGGCAGGGUCUCCGACGCGGGCGGCCUCGGCCUCCUGUACGGCCUCGGGCGGUUCGAUGGGAUCCUGGGGCUGGGUUUUUCGAGCCUCAGCGUCGGCCUCAAGACGACCGUCUUCGAGAACGCCAUUCGCCAGCACGCGGUCGACCAGCCGGUCUUUGCCUUUUCGCUGGGCAGGGAGGACGGCGAACAAGGGGAGCUGACCCUCGGUGGGUACGAUGCCUCGAAAUUCGAGGGCGACGACCUGGCCUUUGUGGACCUCGAGGAGGCCACCUACUGGCAGAUCGUCCUGGACUCGGUCCGCGCGGGAGAAAACUACGACAAGACCACGGCGGCCGACGGGGGCCCCGUCACCGCCAUUGUCGACUCGGGAACCUCCUUCCUGGUGGCGCCCAAGGCCGAGGCCGACGCGCUGGCGAGGGCGGUCGGCGCGAGGCCAUCCCUUGCCCCCGGCGAGUACACCAUCGGCUGCGACCGGGUCGGGGAGAUGCCCGACCUGGAAUUCGGGAUCGGCGGGAAAACCUACACCAUCCCGGGCCCGGCGGCCGUCAUCGAGUCGGGGGGGACCUGCCUCUUGGCCCUCCUGGGCCGGUACGCCAACCCGCUCGGGCCGCAGUGGAUCCUGGGCGAUGUCUUUAUGAGGGAAUACUACACCGUGUUUGACUACCUCGGCCGGAAGGUGGGCUUUGCCAGGGCGGUCCAGAGCCCCCCGGGCGGUGGAGGGGAGGAGACAGCCGGCGGCGAUGCCGACCACGACCACGAACACGACGACAAUGCCGUUGCACGCACGGCCCUCGGGGGAAUGCGCGACGGCCACGGGUGCCUCGUUGCCGCCGGGUACGCCUGGUGCGUCUCCCCGAGGGGGUGCUACCGCCCGUGGGAGACGCCCUGCGGGGACCGGGCCUCGCGGACCGAUGGAGGCAAGGUUGACUAGGAAGGUUUGGUCGAUCGCCGAGAAACCGCGGUGCCGGGCCCAGCGGCGGGCGCAGCGGAGGCCCGAACAAACGCUUUGCACAGUUCGCAAUUGUCGUACGUGAAUGAAUAGGUAUCUACAACGACCCGAGUUCGCAGAUGGUAGUACCGUGUUACUAGGUAUUUAUUAUAGUUUCCCGUU